AUGGGCGAGCUACAGUCUACCACUGUCGUAGCCGACGAAAAGGCCAGCAACCUCGAUGCGUCUUCAAUCGACUCUGGCGCCGUCGCCAACCCUCAGGUCGUCGAGACGAUAUUCAUCGAUCCUGACGAAGAAAAGGCCGUUCUUCGCAAAUUUGACAAAUGGGUUCUGCCCCAGGCUUUUGUCUUUAUUCUCCUCAACUACCUGGACAGAUCCAACCUCGGCAACGCUCGCGUCUUUGGCUUUGAAGAGGACAUUGGCCUUGUCGACAACCAGUUUGGCAACCUCGUCACCCUCUUCUUCGUCCCCUACAUCAUCACCGAGGUGUUUUGGGUCACAGCUGUCAAGCGUUUCGGCCCCAACUAUGUCAUCACUGUCGCCUUGUUUGGGUGGUGCAUCGCCACUAUUGCCACGGGCUUCGUGCAGAACUACGGCCAGGCCCUUGCGUGCCGCAUGCUCCUUGGGCUGUUUGAAGCCGGCGUAGCCCCUGCUUUCACCUUCAUCUUCUCCACCAUCUACGACCGCGAAUCUACGGCCAAGCGCGUUGCGCUCAUCAACCUGGCUAAUGCCACGUCGGGUGCCUUUGGGGGCAUGUUUGCGUAUGCCAUCCAGACCAUGGGCACCCGCCGUGGCCUCGAAGCAUGGCGCUGGCUCUUCAUCAUCGAGGGUUCCAUCUCCCUCGCCAUCUGCGGCGGCUGUCUCUGGUCCUUCCCCAACAAGCCCGAGACGGCCUGGUUCCUGAAUGAAGACGAAAAGGCCCUCAUCGUCGCCAUUUUCGGGUACGGCACCUUCCUGCCGACUCUCAUUCGCGGCUUUGGCUACAACGCCUUCGAGGCCAACUACCUGACCAUUCCCGUGUACGCCCUCGGCGCUAUUUCUCUCGCCACGCAGGCCUACUGGUCCGACCGUCUCAAGAAGCGUGCGCUGUUCCUUCUCGUCUCCGCCUGUCCAGUUAUUGCCGCUUACCUUAUCUGCAUCGGCACGCCGAACCGCGUGGCCGGUUACGUGGCCAUGUUCAUCCUGGUCACGGGCGUCUACUCCUUCUCGUGUCUCAUGAUGACCUGGGUCGCGACCAACCUCGUGCCGGACUACAAGCGAUCCGUCGGUCUGCCCAUCUUCGCGAGCAUUGGCAACUGCAGCGGUCUCGUCGCCGGGCAGCUGUACCCCAAGUCGCAGUCGCCGCGGUACGUCGUGGGCAACUCGAUCUCCGCGGGACUCGAGGCCGUGGCGGCCAUCUUUGUCGCCCUGACCUGGCUGCUUCUGAGGCGUCGUAACCAGCAAAAGGAUAAGCUGAUUGCCGAGGGUGCGACGAGCAACGGAAUGGAGGGCGACAGGGGGCUGGACUUCAAGUACGACCUGUGA